AUGUUGAUCACACCGCUUCUGCGCAAUGCAGGCGCUUCAAACCUAAAGACGGCCACGGCAUCGACGUUCUCACAGGCGCACAAAUCGUACGUCAAAUCGCUCUACCGGCGCUCCCUCAAGAAUUCGCUCGACUGGUGCAUUCGCCGGGAUGUCUGGAGAGACCGUGCCAUCGAGAUCCGCGUUGAAUUCGAACGUCACCGUAAUGUUCGCAACCCAAGAGAGCUUGCCAUUCUCUUUGAGAGGGCUGAGAACGAGUUGAAGAGGAUUCAGCACCCUGAUCCACAUCGACCCGCCAUGUUUGAAGAUGGCACCAAGUGGGAGCGCAACCUUCCACCCCCCAUGUUCUCCGAAGCUGAGAAGAAGGCUGCUCUUGAGGCUCAACACCACUAA